GAAGAAGGAGGAGAAGAAGAAGAAACGAAGGAAGGGAGUUUCCUUCGUAGCAGUCGGUUCCAGCAACAAUGGCGGCCUCGGCAGCCUCAGAAGUCUCAGAAGGUCCAGUCCUUAGUCUCAUGACUAAGCGUCUUCGUAAUCUUAAGAAAAAAUACAACCGAAUUAUUCAGAUGGAAGAGAGUAUCGCUCAGGGCAAAACCAUCAACAAGGAACAAGAGGAAGUUCUACGCUCCAAGCCUGCCGUCGUCGUUCUCAUCGAGGAGUACGAGAAGCUCAGGCAACCCCUCUCCUCCGCCCUUGAAGAAGAGCUCAACCUCGCCCUCCAACACCAGCAGGUAUCUCCUGCUCCUCCUGCCGUCGACAAUACCACCAAGGAUACCAAAGAUGGCAAGGACGAGAGCAGUGAGCCUCAGGAAAGGAGCAGCCAUGGCGGCGACGAUACUUCCGUUGAGGAUCUGUUGAAGCUGCUAUACUUCGGGUGCUUGUUCGAUGUGAAGCUCCAGAGUGAUUUCACGUCAACCAUGCUUACCAGGACUCACGAGCGUGGCUGUUGCUUGACGUACGAUUACGUGACGGAUGAGGCUACUGAUCUCCUUGGGGAGAGGGAUUUGGAUUUGAUUUCUAUGCUUGGCAGUCUCGUGAUUUCUCGCCCUCUUCAUUCCGGCCUUUCUCACAAGAACGCUCUUCGGAGUUGUGUUGAGCAUGCUAAGCGGUGGCUCGCCAAUUCGGAUCAGCCUAUUGAAGCGGGAGCCGCUAUUACCUAUGCUGGAUUGAGGGAGCGGCUAAACAAGAUUUUGGCGUCUGACUACUUCACCACGACGCCCGAGAUGAAGGCUCCUGUGGAAGUGGUUGCUGCUGCGGGAAAGUAUGUUCCCUGCCAGGUGCCCAUGCAAGACUCGCCGGUUCCUAUCCAGGUCGAAGGUGCAUACACACAUUACCAGCAGAAGGAUGAAGAGCCAGCAAACUUUGAAGGACAGGAAACUGGUGAUGAUCAAUCAAGUCCUGUUGAGGAACUUUCCAAGGAUGAAUCAGAGUUGGCAAAUACUGUAGAAGUUACAUCAGAUCCACAGCAACAAAAGGCACAAGGAGAUGUGGAUGAUCAGAAUCAGAGGGAGGUGGAGUUAAAGGAGCAACAGUACAUUCCUCGAAGGACAUAUCAGAAUCAGAGAGGCAACCGUGGUGGUGUUGGUGGUCGCAGGGGUUAUGGUAAUGGCCGUGGGGGUCGAAGUGGCAGGGGUGCUGUGGGGUACCCGAAUGGUCAGAACCAAUUCUAUGAGCAGCAGCCCGGGAACAACUAUUAUUCUAGAAACUAUUACAACAACAGCAGGGGAAGGGGGGCAAGGGGUUCUGGUGGGCAGACUUACAACAAUCACGGAUCAGCCACUCAUGCCAGUCACAACCAGGCAGAUGUUGAUUUGGGUUCAUGAUCUAGCUAGUAGAUAAUUUAGUGUCUGCUUUCUGGUUUUGUGGGGGUCGUAUUGCAUCUGAAAGAAACAAUGGAUUAUAUAGAAGGUGCUGUGGAUUAAUGUACCCUCCCUGAUGCAUUUUGUAGUUAGGUCAAGUUGGGGGGGAGGUGUUUCAUGUGAAAAGAACUUGGCAAGACCUUCUAAUUAACAAUUUAGAUCUCUCAUGAUUUUGAUGUUGUCUGCAAGGUGACUAAUUAGAAGAUUGGAAGCAGGGUUGAAAAUUCAUG